AUGAAACCGCAUUCUAGAGAUUUUAAUUCAAUACUAGCGCGUGCGGUGCUCUCGCCUUCUCAAGCUAGUCUGAUUCUAAUCAGCGAAGGCGCCCUACCUACGGGGGGUUCGAUAGGCCACAUCGAUCGAUCGAACCCAGGUGGAGAACGGAAGCGUGGCUGCUUUGUAUGUUGUUUAACGCGUAUAUCCUACACGGGCUCCGGGCUCCGGGCUCCGAAACUGACAGCGAGCGGAUUAGCCGUGCGCGAUGCGUGCGGCACGAGACACGCGUCACAUCAAUGGCAUCGCCUCUGUACAACACCCGCCAUUCGCACGAGCCACUACGACGCGCGCUCGCUCUACGAUCGUACGAGAUUCUCGGUCCGAGAUGGUCAACGUACCCAGAUAGCUACUCCAACAUCGGCGCAUGCGUGUAUGGUUUUUAGACCUUUCGAUCCAUCGGCGGAGCACGGCUUUAGCGGCAUCUUCUAAAGCGA